AUGAUAUCACCCGGGAAAAUCACGUCAACAUCAAUCAACAUCAAUUUUGGUGAUUCCGACAUCGAGCAAGGGCGAUUCGACUACUACGAGCUCGUCUUCACAGGGAACAACAAGAACAUCACGAAAAAGAUCGAAAUCAACCACGAUAAAUCGCUGACAUUUACGAAGCUGAUUCCCGGCAAGACCUAUUUGUUCACGCUCUACACUGUCUACAAGAGAGUGCGAAGUCGUCCAGUCACCGAGGCGAUAACUACGUAUCCUUUGAAAGUGAAUGCAUUGUAUCCUGUGGUGGGCCGAGAAUAUGUUGUGCUCUACUGGGAUAUCGAUAACUUUGCUGACAGCGACUGUCGCUUUCGUUUGAGGUAUCCUUUCUGA